UUUAUAUACUCCGUAAGAAAUUUCAUAAUGGUUCCACUCGAGUAAGAACCUCGAAGCUCGAAAGUUCAAGAGGAAGAGAGUAGAGAGUGAAAUUUUCAGUGUCACUGUCGCCCUCCGUAUAUGCAUCCAAACUGAAGGUAGAGGGCUUUAUCGCUGUUCCGCUGCUCUCGUCAAAGCCGGGAGGCAGCGCAGCAGAAGAAAGGGGAAAAGAAAUCAAAUUCUGAUUGGAAUUGUAUUUCAGUUUUUGAUGUCGCUAAGAAUAAAGGCAGUGGUAGAUAAGUUCGUAAAGGAACUGAAGGAGGCGCUGGAUGCGGACAUACAAGACCGGAUUAUGAAGGAGAGGGAGAUGCAGAGUUACAUCGAAGAACGCGAACGCGAGGUUGCCGAGCGCGAGGCCGCCUGGAAAGCCGAGCUCUCUCGCCGCGAGGCUGAGAUUGCCAAACAAGAAGCGAGACUAAAGAUGGAAAGAGAGAUCCUUGAGAAAGAGAAAAGUGUACUUAUGGGGACAGCUUCAGGUCAAGACAACCAAGAUGGAGCUCUAGAGAUAACAGUCAGUGGGGAGAAGUAUCGUUGCCUCCGUUUUGCAAAGGCAAAGAAAUGAAGAAACUGCACUUGACUAAGUACGCCUUUUACUCUACAUUUGCAGCCCAUUCGGAUGUCGAAAUUCAGGCAUGAAAGUGGAAUUAGGCUGAUGAUCUUGUUGUUUGAGCUAACAAUUAAAAAUUGAAAUUCCAAAUCUAUACAAUUGAUUUAUGGAAUUUGUAUGCCUUGUAUAUGAUUAGAAUUCACAAAUAAUGGAAAGAUAUAGGCCUUGGCUCUCCAUGAAUAUUAAUUACUGCUGAAUUGAUUGAGACCCUUUGUAUUUGUAUCGUCCACAGCUUUGCGUGCAUAGCUAUUUCAAUUAAGUAAUUCAUUUUCCCAGACAAUUAGGCAAUUGCCAUAAGUUAUGUUGUUUGACUCAGAAGUCUGAACCAAUUUCUGACUCGUAUUGUUUGAGCUGAGCCAGAGUAUCCCAUGUUUGAACUUGCACUUGAAAUUGAC